CAGUCAUACAGGAAAGUCGUGUAAAGUUAAAACUAUGGCAAAAGUGAAGGAACAGUUGAAGAAAAUUCUUGAAGAUAUCGCAAUAAAAGAAAAUUAUUUACUCCAUAAAAUUGACAUUAAACCAAUUUCAUCUGGAGGAGCUAACUAUACAACAGAGUUAUAUCUAGCCACGAUUUCAGAAGGCCUAAAGCCAGAUAUAAACAUUUUUGCCAAAGCUGCAAUUUUGAAUGAAGAUGCUAGAAAAAACAAUGACUUCCUAGGCCGGGUAUAUGAAAUAGAAGCCAAAUUUUACUCCGAAGUGGCUGUGAACUUCGAAAGACUUUACAAAAAGUGCAAAGUUCCUGAAGAAGACAGAUUAUUUAUACCUAAAUGUUACGGACACAUAUUAGUCCCGUAUGAAGAGAUUCUUCUUCUAGAUAAUCUUGAAGCUAAAGGAUUUCAGAAUUUCGAUAGAAUGAAGACUUUCAAUUGGGAUUAUGCAUCAACUGCUAUAACUCAGUUGGCGAAAUUCCAUGCCCUUGGACUAGCAUUGCGUGAUGAAAAUCCUCAUGAAUUCAAGAGAAUAGUCGACAAUUUCAAAUUUGAUUUCAACGAAAAUAAAGAAAUGAUGGACUCAUUUUUAAAAAUAGCGCUAGAGAAUGGAUGUGAAAGCUUGGAUGAUGAUCAUAAGGUACGCCUGCAUAAGUUUUUCGCUGAUACGAAAAACAUAGAAACACUUAUGACUUCUUGGGCCGCAGACGACACGUUUUUGAUUCACGGAGAUUACAGACCAAGCAGUUUGAUGCAUAGACGUCGCAACGGAAAACUGGAGAUAGUUCCUUUAGACUACCAAACCCUGAGAGGAGGGAAUCCAGUGGGUGACUUGAUGCAUUUCGUUUUCUCUGGGUCUGAUGAGGAGUUCCGUCGUCUGCAUUACCAGAGACUGAUGGACCAUUACUUCACACAGUUGACCUUGGCUUUAAAACAACUGAACGUCGACGUAGAAAAGAUGUAUCCAAGAGCAACCUUUGAAGCAGACUUGGUUAAGUUGAGAUCUCUUGGUCUGUUCCUGGGUUUGAUGAUAACAGGAAUAGUGACGGUCGCUCCAGAAGAGGCACCUGUAAUUGAUGGAGAUUUCUCCACAAUGCAGGUUAAACCUAACCAGCUUGCUACGGAACGCAUAAAUGGAAUAGUUAAGGACUACGUGCGGUGGGGAGUUUUGUAAAGAAGUUUAUCGGGAUCAUAUUAUAAUUAUCAGUCCUUUAUAGCCCACAGCUGAGCCUAUCUGCUAGUACGCCACUUCUCCCAGUCCUGAGCUAAUCUCAUCCAGUUGUGACCUGAUGGAUGUCGUCCACCCAACGACCGAAUGGAUCCCAAGCUUCUUAAAUCUGUAAGCGGCCACUGUUUAGUUAAUAUUUUAGUUUUGUGUACACAAAAGUGCAGGGACUGUAACGUAAUUUCUUGAAGGUUGUGUUGCGUAAGCGGUUUUUUUUUGUAAUUAACUGUCGUGGUAAAGAUGAAAGGCUCUCGCUAGGAAUACGGGCGACUAUUCACCUUGAUGCUGUGGUACAUUACUCUUUAGGUGUUAUUGAACUUUUUUAGACUAUCGAUAAUUUUUUUGAUAUGUUUUGUGAACAAUUCUGUUAAUGAUUCUUUUGUAAUGACGCUUGAUAUUUCAUAUGGGUUAACUUUCAAGAAAUCAAGCGGUUGUUAUAUUUCUUUUUAA